UUUUGACCUCAAUACUGAGAUGUCAGUAGUGAGCUUGAAAAUCAGUAUAAAUAGACACAAGCACGUACUUCUAGCUAAGAACAAGCUCAAAUCGAAAGAAGAUCUGUCUGAUCGGAUCCGACCGGUGGUCAUGAGCUCAAGCAGUCAUAGCAGUGGCGGUGGACGUGGCGGCGACGCUGCCGGAGUGUUGGGUCCGUGCGGAGCAUGCAAGUUCUUGAGGAGGAAGUGCGUGGCGGGAUGCAUUUUCGCUCCAUUCUUCGACCCGGAACAAGGCCCCUCUGUUUUUGCAUCAGUUCACAAGGUGUUCGGAGCAAGCAACUUUUCCAAGCUCCUCCGCCACAUUCCACCCCACCGCCGCGCCGACGCCGUCGUCACCGUCUGCUUUGAGGCUCAGGCUCGCCUCCGUGACCCUGUCUAUGGCUGUGUUUCUCACAUCUUCUCCUAUCAGAAACAGGUGGAACACUUGCAAGCUGAACUCUCCUUCUUAGAAGCCGAGUUGGCAGCUCUCCGAGCCUUAAUUCCGCCACCGCCUAAAUUCCCCUCGGCGGUAAAUAUUCCUGCCGGCUACUCUACAGCUACUCUUGGAACCUAUGACUAUGAUGACUUCUCAUCUCUAUUUGACCUAAUUUCACAGCCUGCAUUGCAAUCCCGCCGUCAGUUUGGAAGAUCUGCAAAAGAUUCGGUGGAUGACGGGUCAUCUGCUUCAUCGUCCGCCACCGACGCCGGUGUUCUUCAAGAGUUGACCCUCCGAGCUAUGCAGGGGCGGAGCAUUAACUAGGCCGGGUUCUAGACAAUAAUGUAUUAUCCAUCGAUCCGCGGCGUCCCUAAUGCUCGAUCGGUCAAUUACUCAUCAGUAAUAAUAAUGUGUAUC